UUGACCGACAAGGGGCGGGGCAAGCAGGAGUCGCCAUUUUCCUGCACUAUGGAGUUCGGCAGAUACGCCAGCGACCGGGGGCAGGCCUAGUUGGAGAGCCCGAGCCAGAGCUGGUGCUUCUCGCUCUGGUCAUGUGCCUGAUCUCUGGUGUGAAGGACAACUCUUGAGUUCCUGUGCUCUGAAGCUGCAACGCUCUAAGGGCAAUUGCUGUGGAAGAUGCCUGCAGGGGUGUACUAUUCAGUGUCGUACUGUGCCAUCUUUGUUCUGCCAGUCCUCCUAAUGGAUGUCCCAGCUGUGGAGGGAUAUUUGUGCGCUUACACAAACAGCACCCCCAACACCAGCAUGAUCUUCGAUGACCUACCAUCCAUGUUUGGCUAUGAGCUGCAAAAGGAUGGAUUGCCGGGAUACUUGGUAUUUGCAAAGCCAGAAAAUGCUUGUGAGCCCAUCGCCCCACCUCCUUCAAACACCACCAUUUUGGAUUUUAUUGUUGUGAUUCGCCGAUAUGGAUGCAAUUUUGAUGUCAAGGUAUUGCAGGCACAGCUGGCAGGAUACAAGGCUGCAAUUGUGCACAAUGUGGAAUCAGACGAACUACUCAGCAUGCGCUGGAGCAGUGAGGAAAUCAAACGUCAGAUAACAAUCCCAUCGGUGUUCAUAGGGUCCCAUGCCUCUCAGUACCUGAGGUCUUUGUUCACUUACGACAAGGGUGCGUACGUUCUAUUGAUGCCGGACUUCAGCUUCCCGCUGGGAUAUUACCUCAUUCCAUUUACUGGUGUGGUUGGAAUUGUGAUUGUCGUCAUGAUCACUGUCAUGAUAGUGAGAUGCGUGCAGUAUCAACGUAGGAUCCGGAGGAACCGUCUCUCUAAGGACCAGCUCAGGAAGAUUCCAGUCCAUAAAUUCAGCAAAGGAGAUGGUUAUGAUGUUUGUGCAAUCUGUCUUGACGAGUACGAGGAGGGUGACAAACUUCGAAUACUGCCCUGCUCGCAUGCUUACCACUGCAAAUGUGUGGACACGUGGCUGACGCAAACCCGGAAGACGUGCCCAGUGUGCAAGCAACGAGUUCUUCGCUCAGCCAAUGACUCCGAGUCAGAUUCCGAGGGGGAAAUUCAAUCAGAGGAGGGGGAGCAGCAGUCGGAGCGGACGCCACUUCUCCAGGCGUCGUCAUCUACUAGCCCGCAGUCCUUCGGCACCAUGGCUCACUCCCUUGGUCAUCAGGGCACCGAUGACAGAUUGGUGCCAUCCAUUGUGCCCAAUUCCAGGGGGGCUCACGCUGAGGAAAACCCAGCAGAGGACCACAAACAGGAGGGACAGAGUCAUUCUUCAAACUGUACCACACCUGGGUCCGAGUCGAGCCUCUAUUCUGGAAAAGUUUUCAACGUAUAAACAGCAGUCUGACUUUAUAAUAUUCUGUUAUCCCGCAAUCAUUCACUUUCGACUCAACCUCUGAUGGGACUGUACUUAGAAUUUGCUUCAGACUCCUUUUGAAGAAAUGCAUGUGUGUGUAUAUAGUUGGUUCCGCUGUUGGUCAGUUGGCAGUGGUCUGGAUUAGUUGUCACCCAACUGCUCUGCAGCUUUACAGAAAUCUCACUCAGUGCCAACAAUACAAAAUGACCCCAAAUUUCUGAGAGAAGGAUAUUGAAUGGGGCUGGGGAUUCCUCAUAUGGUGAUCAGUGUGAAUCUCCUCUCCCCCCUUGCACCGUAGCAAACAAGGACCCAAGCCCCUUACCGUUCUAGAGAUGACAGCUUUUGCACUUUGGGCUGCUGCUGGAGCUCACAGAAAGGGGCUGAAACAUGUAGCUCCAUCAAAGGGAACCGCGAAGCUCCAAGUGUCUGAGGCCUCUGAACUGGAGCCCCCAACUGAUACCCACAAUCUCUCUAUGCCCAUUGAUAUCUCUGCUUAAUCAGCUCCCUUAAUUUUAUACUACAUUUUAAAAGCACAUUUACCGAAAUUUCCUUGUUUGUUACAGUCAGGCAUCUAAUUGAGGUAGUUAUGAAAAGAAAGCUGGAGGUGCAGGGGCAGGAAAACCAGCCUGAGGUGUGGCCUGGUGCUAUCUCUCUUGGCCCAGUUCAGAGUGUCAGCAAGUAAUAACAGUAAUGAGUCAUUGAUGUGUAACAUGGGUCAUGUUGUAUAACGUGGGUGUGUAAUAGCAAUAAGUCCUGGGAGUGUAACUGAUUCCUGUUCUUUCACCCUGCUUCACGGGCACUUGAUGUGCAGAAAUAUAUCAGUGAUUGGAGAAUUUGUCUCAAUUCCUGGCAAUUGUGACCAGCUGCAGGAAGAGCUUGGCUCUAUGCUAGUGCCGGUUCAGAGGCCAUUUGAUUGUAUGUUGUGUUGAUGCUGAUGGAGAUGGACAAACCUGACUCUUUGCUCCAGCUGCAUCUGUUUACAUCUGCAGCCUCACCUGUACCUGUAUUUGCACACACACCUACAUCUUGUGUUUGUACUUACUCCCAUACCUACACCUGUGUCUGUACCUACACCUACACCUGUGUCUGCACCUACACUUGUACCUGUACCUGUGUUUGCUCAACUGUUGGACUGUACCAUGACAAAGUACACAUAGCUAGGGAAUAUCUCUGCACCCUGGCCCAUGUGCACAGAGGGCAUUUCCACACUCACAUAUCCCUUCCAUCACCCGAAGUUCAGGCGAGAGUUACAACAUUGUCCUUGUCAGCUACAGCUCUUGUGAGACUAACUGAGCUCCUGAUCAGAGCUGAAACUGCUGCUGCUCCUUUGUGUUUUAGUGUCUGCAAAGGGGCUUCCGAUGGAGGCUUCGCUCAUUCAGACUUAAAUUCUGAAGCCCCUUUUGUUAAUGAGCCUUAAGACAUAACAUUGAAUAGCAUCUAUUUAAAAGAUUACUUUUCAAUCUGUCUCUUCAUUUCAUACCUGUUCAAAACACAUAAGAUGCAGGAAUAUUCCUCACAGGAAUUUACUAUGGGUAGCAAGUUUCACUAGGGAUUGUGCUGAGAAAUUAAUGUCUCGCUGAUCGUUCAUUGGCGUUCACUCAGUUAUUAUUAUCACUGGUAUUCUGAUUAACUUUGUUUCCUGCCUUAUUGAUCUCAGGUUUGUUUCCUUCCCUUCUACUACCUAAAUUAUUAUACAACAAAAUGUGUUUAAUUCUGAGCGUUUGAUCAGCUGCUGUAAAUCCUUCUCCAAUUACCCUCCGUCCAAUUAAUGCUGACACACACUGGUCACUAUCACAGUAAAAUCAUGAAUCUUUUUGAUUAGUGAUUUAAACAGAGGAAGUUCAACACAACCGGUUGGUUCUUGUACUGUUUGAGCAUGCAGAAUUACCAGCCAAACUGUUGGCUCAGUCAGAAAACACUAACUUUUCCUUGUUAAUAUAUUGAACUUUAGCUUUGCCCUUUGAGCACUGCAGUGCUAGACCUGUCAAAAUCUGAAUGUGAAGGUACGAACAGCAUUGUCCGUCCUGUGCUGCUCACCUUCCAAUAAGGUGAUCCACAGCCUCCAAACAGGAGCAAAAAUGGCAACAUUAACCAGCUGCUAAAACAAUCCCAGAGCAUUGUGCAAAGUUACAAAAAGGCCUGAAAGUUGACUCAAAUGGUCUGUAAAAGGUACAGAAAGAAUAAAACUGGAAUGUAAUUUUGGAUAAAUAGCUAAACAUUGGGGUGGCACGGUAACAUAGUGGUUAGCAUAACACUUUACAGUACCAGUGACCCGGGUUCAAUUCCCGCUACUGUCUGUGAGGAAUUUGUAUAUGCUCCUCAUGGGUUUCCUCUGGGUGCUCCGGUUUCCUCCCACAGUCCGAAGAUAUACCGGUUAGGAGGUUAAUUGGUCAUUGUAAAUUGUCCUGUAAUUAGGCCAGGGUUAAAUCGGGGGUUGCUGGGUGGUGUGGCUUGAAGGGCCUGUACCGUGUUGUAUCUGAACAACUCAAUACAACAAAAGAAGAAUAGCAGCAGUGUAACACGCACAAAAUGCUGGAGCAAAUCAGCAGAUCAGUUCGCAUCUAUGGAAAAGAGUAAAUAGGAUCUUCAGUUUCUACCUGAACUUGAACAAAACAAUUCUUGACAAGUUGACAUCUUUCUGUUCCAAUGGAUAUGUAGAGUACAUGCACAUCCUUAAUGCAGUCAGAGCCCUGGUGAAGGGUCUCGGUCUAAAAUAUCGAUUGUUUACUCUUUUCCAAAGAUACUGCCUGGCCUGCUGAGUUCCUCCAGCAUUUUGUGUUGUUGCUUUGUAUUUCCAACGUCCGUGUUAGUGUAAUAGCUGAAGCAGACGCGUGUUGAUAAAAUGUGGUGGAGUUUGACUGUGAUACAUAGAAAAUGUCAUUAUCACCCUUGUACUGUAAUAUAUAUUCCCUGGGGCAAUGGGUUCACUUUAUACAUUCUGCGUAUUGAAGCUUGACGCUGCAUGACUCUGCACAACUCUGACUGCAUUGUUUAAGGAUGGGUAUGGACUCUACAUACCCAUUGGAACAGAAAGAUGCAAAUUUGUCAAGAAUUAUUUUGUUAGUAUUCAUAGAAAUUUAAAAAGGGUAAUCUGUUGUAUCUGGGUAACCGAUAUGCCCAGAACUCUCAGAACUGGUUUGCUGAGACAUGGCUGUGUAUUGAAUCUGGUUGUCAGCAAAAUGCACUUUCCAUGUCUUGGGGGAGAAGUAGUGUAGCACUCUCUUUUUAGAGUAGGAAUCGCCUACAGUUGGAUAUAGAAACUUAAGAUAACACCAUCUCCCUCCAGUACUGGCUCUAUCUAUUUCCACAGAUUUACCAAGAGGCCACUCCUAAAACAGUGAUUGGAUUUCAGUGGUCUCUCUCUAGUAAGAAAAAGCAAUGAUCUCCAAGGGGACAGUGGGUGAUGGCUUGGGGGUGAAAUACACUCAGUGGCCAUUUUCUUUACCUCAUAGAGUGGCCACUGUGUGUAUGCUCAUGGUCUUCUGCUGCUGCAGUCUAUCCACUUCAAGGUUUGACGUGUUGUUCAUUCAGAGAUGCUCUUCUGCCCACCAUUGUUGUAACGCGUAGUUAUUUGAGUUACUGUUGCCUUCCUGUCAGCUUGAACCAGUCUCCUCAGUCAACUUGAUCAUUUUCCUCUGAUCUCUCUCAUUAAUAAGAUGUUUUCACCUGCAGAACUGCUGCUUAGUCUAUGUUUAUUUGUUUUUCGCACCAUUUUCUGUAAAUUCCCAAGACUGUUAUGCGUCUUCCCGGGAAAAUCCCGGGAAAUCAGCAGUUUCUGAGGUACUCAAAUCACUCUGUCUGGCACCAACAAUCAUAACAGUCAAAGUCACUUGGAUCAUAUUUCUUCCCCAUCCUGACAUUUGGUCUGAACAACAACUGAAACCUCUUGACCAUGCCUGCCUGCUUUUAUGCAUUGAGUAAUUGGCUGAUUAGAUAUUUGCAUUAACAAACAGGUGUACAGGUGUGUCUCAUAAAGCAGCCGCUGAGUGUUGUCUGCCAACACUAAUAGCACUUGAACAAGGAUGGAGCCAUUCCAUAGGAAUGAAUAGCACUCCCCAUGGGUGCAGAACAUUCAGUUGGACAUUUUCUUUCAUACUUUGUGUAGAUUUACCCCGUUACAUCUGAAAGGAAAGCUGCCCGGAAGCUGCACAUUAGGGUAAUGUUGCUGCUGAAGUAGUUCUGAAUUCUAAUGCUCACUCAUUUUCAUAAAUUUAAAUGCAUGCCAUGAAAUGCUUAAUUUCAUUUUCUAUCGUGUAAUUUUUACGGAAUCUUUAACUUUAAAUAAAAGACUGGAUAAGGGCCUAGCCUGCUCAUUUGGGUGUUAGAAUUUUCCAGCUGGUAAUCUGUCACUUAACCCUUGCAUUCUGGAUCCUGUUGUACAGUGUACAUAUCCUAGCAUGGAGGAUGAUUAGUUCCGGAGGGCUUUCAGUGGGAGGGACCAGGCAAAAAAACCACCACAUUAUUGGGAAGAUUGUGCACUAUGAGAGGAAGUAUUGAGAGAGUGUAAGGGUGAUGCCACCCACAUUAAUGGUGCAUGUGGUGCUGGGGGAGAAAGGGGUCACCAUUAGCUAUGUAGUUCCUCAGCCAGCCUUCAUGGUUAUUGAUAUACUUUUAACUCCUGUCUACAGAAAAAAAUGAGUCUUCAUCUCUAUUUGUAAGCUUAUAUUCUAUAAUGAUGCUGCCUAUUUUUGAUUAUCCCACUUAACAGUUUCUCCAUAUCAAGCCCUUUAACUCGUAUGUUCUGGUGAGAUACCUCUGGUUCAAACACCCAGUGACUGACUAACCUCACCAUUUCAUCAACAACUUCCUUCUAUGGGCAUUUAGAGAAUCAUGGUCUGAUCAGGGACAGUCAGCAUGGCUUUGUGAAGGGCAGAUCGUGUCUAACAAGCCUGAUAGAGUUCUUUGAGGAGGUGACCAGGCAUAUAGAUGAGGGUAGUGCAGUGUAUGUGAUCUAUAUGGAUUUUAGUAAGGCAUUUGACAAGGUUCCACGUGGUAGGCUUAUUCAGAAAGUUAGAAGGCAUGGGAUCCAGGGAAGUUUGGCCAGGUGGAUUCAGAAUUG